AUGAAUGUGUACAACAGCGGCGACGUCUCGCUGGAAGGCGCCAGCUUCAGCGAGUGCACGGCUGCCCUGUACGGAGGAGGUUUGUACGUGUGGGGCAGCGGCGACGUCUCGCUGGAAGGCGCCAGCUUCAGCGAGUGCACGGCUGGCAGGUACGGAGGAGGUAUGUAUGUGUCCGGCAGCGGCGACGUCUCGCUGGAGGGCGCCGGCUUCAGCGAGUGCACGUCCGGCUAUGACGGAGGAGGUAUGGUCGUGUCCAACAGCGGCGACGUCUCGCUGGAAGGCGCCAGCUUCAGCGAGUGCACGUCUGGCAGGGACGGAGGAGGUUUGUACGUGUGGGGCAGCGGCGACGUCUUGCUGGAGAGGGCCAGCUUCAGCGAGUGCACGUCCGGCUAUUACGGAGGAGGUAUGGCCGUAUACAACAGCGGCGACGUCUCGCUGGAGAGCGCCCGCUUUGUCGAGUGCACGAUCACACAAGCG